AUGGAUUGUUUUGAAGAUAUUCAAGAUUUCAAUCUUCUAAAAUUAGAAGACGACAAAAUUAAAAUUCUAAAGUUUGGAGAUGAAGAAAUCAUAAUAAAUAAAGUUUUUAAUAUUAAAAGAGAAAAUAUUGUGGUGUUUGGGACUAGAAAAAUAGAUAAUAAACCUGUUGUAAUUAAAUAUAUAACUAGGGAAAAUAAGGAAAAUAAGGAAAAUAGAGGAGAUGAGGAGGUAAAAGCUUUAAAAGAAUAUUCAUAUCACCCAAAUAUAGUAUUAUUAUUAAAUUCAUCAAAAAAAAAUGAUAGAAACAUUAUUUUAUUAGAAAGGGGAUCGGAAAUUAAUAAAUCGUUUUUGAAAUCUUAUAAAAAUAUUCAACCAGGUGAUGAUUCAAAUCAUCUUUUAAAAUCAAUUUUUUGUCAAUAUGUUGUGUUUUUAAGUUUUGGGCACUUUGUUAAAAGAUUUCAAAGAGAUGUUAAGCCUGGAAAUACAAUUCUUUUCCCGUCCAUUUUUUUAGAUCAAAUGCCAUAUUUAAAGGUCAUUGAUUUCGAAUUAUCAUCAAGUGGAACUUUAUCAGAAAGCAAAUUAUAUCCAGAUAGGGCCAGAGGAACAAAAUUUUAUGAUUUAUUAGAGGACAAGUUACAUCAUUUGCAUUUAGCUGAAACUUAUUUUCUAUGUUCAGCUUUUAGCGAUGUUGAGUUAUUAGAAGAAAAAGGUUUUACAGUAGAAAAAGGAAAUGUAGAGGUUAAAGAAAUAGCAGAUUUGUUGGAGCAUAAAGGUGUAACCCUUUCUGAAGUUUUUAAAUCUAAUUUUAUUCAAAAAAGAAAAAUUCAUUUUUAUAAUUUUUUACUUGGCGACAAUAGUCAUCAAUUUAUUGAGGUUAAAGAUAUCACAAAUAAAAUCAAAGAUUUUACUUAUUCAAAUAUCUAUAUAAGAUAUCUCUCAACUCCUCAUAUUUUUCAAUAUUCUGAUAAUUCAUAUAAUAGUUAUUUAUUUCCAUAUUAUUCGAUUAGUUCAGUUUACAUUUUACCAACAGAAAUCUCUGAAGAGGAUUAUCUAAACGAAAAUUUAAAAGACAUUUUGGGGGAGAUCAAUUAUAAUUUUGAAAUUUUACUAAAACAGUUAAAUGAGUCAGGAACAUAUUCAUACUCAAAUGAUUAUUUGGAAAGGUGUGAAAAAAAAAUUUCAUUGGCAGGUAAAGAUAAAUCUUCAAAGGAUUUAUUAGAUAAUUUCAAUUCAGAAAUGAAAAAUUAUCAAGAAGCUUUAACAAAAAAUGGGUAUUAUACCAAAAUUGAAGAAUUUAAAAUAAAAAAAUUUGGUUUUGGUGAUAUUGAUGAAAAAAAUAAUUUGUAA